AGAAAACAAACAAUUAGAAGUAUCAACAAAAACUAAUGAAAAUGAUAUUUUGGGAAAAGAUGAAAUUAAAGAUGCCAAUGCCCAACAACUGUUACAAUUCUGUGCUGGCGACGAUAUGGUCCAUCUCCAGGAUGGGAUUUUCUGCAAGCAGAAGAUUUUAGAUUACGCGAUAGGAAGCUCUCAUAAAGCUUCACAUGUAGCUCGAAAAUUAUUAGAAGGUGUCUUUCAUGAAUCCGCUCUUCUUCACUGCACAUAUACUGGUCAAGCACCUCGAGCGAUGGGAAUAACAAACGAAAAAGGAAUGGUUUCAUGUUUGCACAAUAAAGCUAAAAACACAAUUUUAACUUUCGCCAAAGACUUAGCUAAGCAGAGAGGUUGGAUGGAUCAAACAGAUGAAAAAAUCCGGCAAGCAAUGAGCCAACGACUUGGAGAAAUUAAAAGAGAUCGAAAAAAAUUAAAAUAAGUUCAGUUAUUUUUUUCUUUUAUCCAAAAGUUAUUUUCUUUUUAUAUACUAUUUUCGUAUUUUUCUACAAUAUGCUGCAAUUAUCAUAAUAAG